AGUUGCCAAUGAGCUUUUGUGGAUGUGGUGUUUGUGUUUCACUUCGUCAUGGUGUUUUACGGUCGCUUUAUUUUAAGAAAAUUUUAUUGUUAUAUUGUGAUUGUUUAUCAUUUCAAAUUCAUAAACAAAACAGAUAAUUGAAAUAUCGCCGGUUGAUUUCUUAUCUAACAAUUAUCUUUUGUUUAUACCUAUUGAAUGUUUUACCACGUUUUACUAAAGUUUUACUCGAGAUUUUACAUUAUCCUCGACUUCCUCCAAAGUUAAAAACUGGUUCUGUGAUUAACGACCAAGGAUAUUGAAACUGAACUAAUUUGAAUCCAUGAUGCCAUGAUGAACGGGUAGUAUACAGGAGGUUCGAGAUGUCAUCUGCUGCUGUCGGGACACAUUCAUCAGGGGCGGGACCUCUGAGUUUGAUGUCCUGCGUGCGAGAUUCAUCUCCCCCACAAGACUUCGAUUCCGACAAUGAAAAGUGCGUUUCGUCGAAGAGGCGGUUCUGGAAUCCAAGACGGUGGUUCCGGAAAAAGGCGAAGAUCACCGAAGAUGCAGGGACGGCGACCACGGAGGGUGCGGAAAUCGGAAAAGAUGCACUGCGUAGCCGGUCUACCAGUGAACUUUUCAUCGCUGAAGAAGGCAGAAGAAGGAGUUCGUCUUCGAUGCAUCCUGGUCUCAGCGUGUCACAUGACAGUGUUUUCCACUCGCCUAACUCUGAAUCCGACAUGGAACUUGACGCAGCACAAAGUUCGUCAUCGCUUUCCAUAUCUCAACCUUUGAUCGACCUAAGAUUACAGACUGAGCUGAGCGAGAGGUUGAGACUGAGACGGAGUCGUGGCGAUACCAGCGAAGACGACGAAGGCCUUCCUCAUAGCCCUUGCAACUCACCGACAGCCUCCGAUGGCCUUCUUCGCGAUAAGACUGCAAUAAAAGAUCUCCCGACAAAGUCACAUAGUACGUGUAGUGAUGGAUCCCUACUUAGUAUGGAUAGUUAUGAGGAUGAGGACUCUUUAUGGCCUCAAUCAAGACAUUCCUCCAAAUUAUCGUUACACGAAAAACAGCCUACUUCAGAUUCUUCCUUCGAAUUUGAAUCCGGUUCAACCACGGUACCUUUGAACCAUAGCGCAGCGCAUCACAGGGUAUCUGUCAAACCAAAAAGGACACACGGUCCACCUAGGCGAAAAAGAGGGCAACAGCUGUCCAUAGCUCUACCUGCCACACCAGAAGUCAAUGAAGAUUCUUCUAUAAGAAGUUUAUCACCAGAAAUUUCGAGGAAAGAGACCCUAACCGAGCUUUAUAGCAUGAACACGACGAGAACGGUUUUAGACGCCCAAAUAAAAUGUUCUUCUUUGCCUCCCGGUUUGACAGCUGCUGGCGCCGAGCCGAGCAAACUGAACCGUAGCAAAUCGAACGCUGGCAGUAAGUCGAACGAAUUUUUCUCGACGUUGCUCGAGGAGAAAGAGGAGAAGCUCUCGCUUUUCGACAGGAUUUUUCCGAGGAGAAGCGGCAGGAAGAAGAAGAAGGAGGUGAAGCUGGAGGCGAAGACUGCGGGUGUUUUCUUAGAGAAACGAAAUGACACUGAGAUAGUCAGCACAGAAACCACCGACUCGGGCAGCACCACCGUCAUCCGCUCCGAGACCUCCGCCAAGACGUACAGGGCGGAGGCCUCCAAGCCCAUUCCGGCCCCCCGCUCGGGGGCGGCCACGAGGCAACGCGUCCUGCCCGCCGACCUCCCGGAGACGGGCGACGAGGCGCAAUGGGCGGCCCCGCCUGUCUCGCCGCCUUGCCAAGUCGAACUGGAGAAUAGGGUCCGGCAAAGACAGAUCUCAUUAAGUACUAGUCCAACAUCAGUUCCGAUACUAGUGGAAAGCCCUCCACUGUCACCUAGAAGCCCAAAAUCCCCGCGAAUUCCCAGAAUACCAGAAACCCAAAUCUUGCCAACUGUGAUAUCAUCAUCUUCCGAGCACACCCAAUUCGUCAAAUCUUCUUCAAUCACCACCAGGCACAUAGACAAUAAACCAAGAAGCGAAGAAUUCAAAAGCCGAAUAAAAAUGCCUGGACUCUCAUCGCUGCAACAAAGGGCGUUAACCCUGAACGAAGACCCUGGAAGUAAUUUCAAGUCCCUCACCGACUUCGCAGAAACCAAAUCCUCCAAACCUCUAACAAAAUCACGCAGUUUCAAGGAAACCAAACAUUCCUUCAACAGCGAUAUGAAAGCCAAUGAUAUUAACACUAGCACAGCUACGUUUUUAUCAGCUGAAAGAGCAGAGGAGAGUAGGAAUGCAAUGAACAAAGCUGCUUCCCUGGACAGCAUCAAACAUCUGGAAGAAGAACCUAUCCACUUCUCAGAACUGAAGUUCGAACUGAAAAAGUCCAAGCCCGAUGUCCGCGUAAAGAAUGACGAAAAACCAAACAUUUUCGAUUCCUUGGUCACCAUUUCGGGCCCGAGUCACGCCUCCAUAGUGAACAUCACCAGCAACAAAGAAGAUUUUUCUUCGUCCACCAAAUCAAUCGAAACUGCUAUUGUGGACGGUUCCCACACCAUUUCCAUAAAGGAAAACCAGGUUUCGGUAACGAAGAUACAAGUAGAACAAAAAUCCACUCAGCUCACUCAAAGCACCAUUACUGUACCCGAAUUCGUCGGCAAGCAACUACACAAAGUUGAAAUCAGGCCCACCAGCAACAUUAUUCUGUCCAUCAAAUCACCUAAGCUUGAAGAACCAACUCGACCAAAGACUCUAUUCAACUUCGAUGCUGAAUCAGAAAUUUCUGGGAAGCCUCCAGCCCCAAGGAAGUUCAGCAAGGAAAACCUGGAAAUCGUGGAGAAAGAUGUGGAAUCGCCACCAGUUAAAAACGACGGAAAAUCUUCUGUGGUGUCGAUCACUCAAGAGUCUCCAGUUAAAGAAAGAAGAGUAUACAGCAGACCAGUCAGUCUGGAAUCAGACAAAUCCUCGCAAGAUGAUUCGGACAAGCUCGAGGACAAAACAGUAGUGCUGCGUAGAAGCAAGAAGCUGGAAGAAGAUCCUCCAAGCUCCAUCACGGACAAUCUGGAAAUCGUUGAAAAAGAAGUGACUCCUCAAUCCAACGAAUUCAAGAACAAGAGAAAGUCUUCAGUGGUAUCGAUCAACCAAGAAUCUCCAGUAAAGGAGAAGAAUAGUUGCCUAGAUUCCUUGGACUCGGAUAAAUCUUCGCAGGAUAGCUUGGACAAGCUGGAGGGGAAACCUGUGGUGCUGCGGAGGAAAUCUUUGGCGAGCAAGAAAAGAGACGAUGAACCAGAAUUGAUGAAGGUUUUCGCUAGGCGUUCGUUGAAGCUCAAAGACAGCGACGUGGAAGCGUUGCAAGACAGUUUGAGCGAGAACAAAACCAGGGAUAGCGACAAGGAGAACCAAAUGGACUCGCCAAUCGAUGAACGCAAGAAAAUCUUCACCAAAACCAACGAAACUAGUACAGAAACUGACCAAAGGAAAAAAUCCGUUUCCAGGAAAGAAGACUCUCCAGAUGUAGUGGAAAACGUUCCCCAGAAAAACGGUGGUGAGGGUUCCCCGGUGCUUUUGCGGAGAACGUUCAAUGCGAACAUUUUCAUUGGGCAGAGGGCGUUUAGUGUUAACACGCCCAAAAGCCAGCCGGAGCUUAUAGUGAAGAAGCAGGGGAGUUUCACUGAGAGAAGAAGAACAGACCAGUGGAUGACGAACAUGAAGAACGAGGAUGAGGGGAUGAAAGACAGGGUGGAGAGCGACAUUAUUGAUGGUAUAUCGCCGAAGGGCGAUUUCAUAACCGAGCCGAAGAAUUUCAGUCAGAGGAAGGCUGAAUGGGAGCAGAGGGCGCAGCUGGCGCAAAAGAAAACUUCACAUUAGUUUCAGAAAUGUUGAAGAGGAACAGAAGAAUAAUCAAGUUGAUAUUGAUUUCUCUCUGUAAAUAUCUGUGUUAGUAAUUUAAUGUGAAAUAACAGUUUAUUAUACAUCAUGAUGUAUUUUAAAAUGGAUCGUUUUUAUUUAUAUGCCCUUUGAUAAAUACGGCAAUAAUAAAAAUGUAUAGGUACAUAUGUUUUAUUUGUAGAUAUAGUUAAGUGCCUUUUUAUAAAUUAAAUAAAUAUAUCUUGACCACGAGAUAGUUGUGUCUUGAUUGUUGACCAAAUGAGAAAGCCUUGAUAGUUGUGGUGCUUCAAAGAGAGAAGAUAAAUCUAAGAAUUAUCUGAACAAAUAAUUAUUAUAUGUUAUCAAUUAUGGGAAAAUUGUAUCGUUGAUAUUAUUGUAAUGUACUGUAAAAAUAAAUCUUCACACAUCUUUUUCACUUGUUUUUUUUUUCAAUGUUUAUUUGCUAUGUUGAACCGUAGUUGCAAGAUACUUAUGUUUGAUGAAUUUCCUUCAAUUUUAUAACUGGUCGUUCUAAUUUUCGCGCUAAAAUCGUCAAUGUUCUAAUUCAGUUUAUUGAGGUCCAACCAAAUACCUCCCUCGGUCGUGGGAAUGAAUGAUGUUGGGGACAGUUUCAGUGGAUUAGACGUUUUUUUGUUCAAGCUGACACGGAAAUUCUUCAGAACGCUCAAAAGUCCCACUUUGGUUUGCAUGAUACCAAAUCUCAUUCCUGUGAACAAAUACGAUGGUUGUAAUAGAUAUAUUCACGUCGCCAGUUAGGAAACGCUU